AACAACCCAAGCGGCCAGUCUUACGUGUGUAUAUAAUAGUUGAAGAGAGACGCGAUUCUCAGUUGUUUUGAAGCCUCAGCACGACAUGUUCCAGUUUGUAUUGGUUGCUUUGUUGGCGUCAACUACAGUCGCCGCACCACCUGCAUCUGUAGAAUGGCCGGAUAUUUUCGAGCCCUGCCCUCGUAAUAGUCCUGACUUCGAGGGCUGUGCUACGCGCAACAUACAGAGGGCUUUGGUUAAGUUCAGUGCUGGAGUGCCUGCACUGGGUGUGCCCCCUUUAGACCCCCUGUUUGCUCCCGAGGUGCUGCUGAAUUACAAACGAGGCGACGCGGUGGGGAAUAUGGUUGUCAAGAACACCAACUUCUACGGAUUGAAGGACAUUGAAAUUUUGGACUUCAGGGCAAACCUGAGCGAUUCGUCAAACCUGGUCUUCGAUAUCGAUUACCGUUUGCCCACUGCGCUCGCCGAGGGGGAAUACAAGGCCCAGGGCAAGAUCGUCGGCUUCACCUUUGGUGGCAAGGGCGUGUACAACAUAAGCAUGAGUGAUGUGACCGCCACAUGUGGGGUUCGCGGUGAUCUGGUCACCAUUGACGGCGAGCAGUACCUAAAGGUGCGACAUGUGACCGUGUAUCCGGAGGUGGGAGACAUGAAGUUGUACAUCUCCAAUUUCUUCAACGACAGCGAUGAGCUCAAUGAAGCCGCCUUGCAGUUCGUCAACCUCUACUGGCGGCCGCUUUACAAGGAGUUACUUCCCUACGCAGCAGAGGGAUGGGAUCAGUACUUGAGGGGACUGUUUAACAAGAUGUUACUGAGGGUUCCUUUCCGGAUUUUAUUCCCAGAGAAUUAACAACAAGCAGUAGAAAUGGUACGGCGUUAAGUUGCAAAGCCUACAAUUGAAAUUACAUUAUACUAGGCCUGAAAGACUAAAAAACUGUACGGAUUCUAAAUAUGUACACUAAUCUCUGUGUAUAAUCAUAUUAAAAUUAUCAUACUCGUCUUAUAAAGUUACAAACGGAUUCUGACGUUUCUACCACGCCUGAAAACAUUACUGGAAAUCACUUUCCAUAAUUAAUUUGAAUACUGCCGCCAGAUUUCUCUAAAUGUCUUCGAAUUACACAAAAUAGACACUUUCAAGGACGGUUUUAGUUCUAGUAACACUAAAAAUACGUACUGGGGGAAUGAGGAGAUCAGGGGAUUACAGUAAAUAUUUAACCAUUGGCGAUUGUUUCCUGACCAGGAAAUCUUUCCAGAAAGCACAGAUUGUGAAGAAAUGCUGUUAAGAAACACAGCUCACUUGUUAGGCUAAAGGUUAGGUUACUUUGGAUAAAUCUAUAUAAUUUCGAAACAAAAUAGCUGCAAAAACAUAACCAAAAAGGAACAUUAACAAAAUACUCCCCCCACGGCAUGUAGGUGGCUGGGGGCAGAGAUAGUAUACCUCCUGUUCAUUCUUGACCUAGGAACUACGUAGGUGUGAGUAGUCUGCGUCACGCCUUGGCAGAUUUUACCCCUGGGAAAUACCCCGGUAUACAUUGCAGAUGUUGCUGGGUGGGCUCCAGAGCCGGUAGGAACUCAGAAAAUAGCGAAAAAUUUUCUACCGCUGUCGGGAAUCAAAGCCCUGUCGUCCAGUACGUAUUCAGUUACUAUACUGAUUGACCUAACCUGGCUCCAAAAGAAACAAACGUUUCGGAUAUGAUCGUCACAUGAACUUGGCCUCCUGUUUUUUUCCAGUAACUGCUUGAACAGGGAAUAUAAGCUCACAAUACUUUAUAAUAAACCAUCAUCUACUUUACAAAAUACAAUAUCAUGCAAAUUUACAAAAUAUAUAAAAUCUCUGUGCAAUAUAUAUAUGUGUUUAACCUAA